UUUUGCAGGGCUAAUUUGAAGCAGCGAAAAAUCAUAGGGGCCACAGCGUAAACAUCUGUUCUUUCUUCCUACCCAACCCUGCAUCUUCGCCAUUGAUUGAAGCUGUCGAGCUGUGAUGAACUGAAGAAAAAACUCGACUCUCAUUUGGACAGAAUCCCAUAUGGCUUUGGUGUAUAAUCUUCCUCAAAGCUUCCCCUGGAACCCAUCAAGAAUUCAGAAAAUGAGAACAUCCUCAGGUUCAUAUAUCAGCCAUAGACAACCUCAGAAACUACAGAAAGUAAUCUGUGCAAAGGAGAGGAAGAGAUGCCUGAGGUGCAACACUAUUUAUCAAGAUAAAGAUAACUCUCCAACUGCUUGCUCUUUCCAUGGCCACACUACUGGAGAGAAAGGAUUAUUUGCAUUUGCCCCACCACACCAAGGUAUUGAUGGAGAGUGGAGCGAUAAAUCUGGUGUAAUUGUGUACAGAUGGAAUGAGAAGGAUAAUAGACCAAAUACAGGGAUAUCCAACUGGAAAAAGCGAUGGAGCUGUUGUGCUGAGUAUGAUGAGAAUGCCCCACCUUGCAGGCAAGGAUGGCAUGUAUCCUAUGAUGAUGGCUUCACUUUAUACUAAUGGAACUUUGGUUAUGUGAAUAUCCUUUUGCAUUUGUAAAGCCUGCAAUCCACUAAUCAAUUACCUGCCGAAGCAAUGACCAUUGAACAAUGAGUUGGUAACGAGUGUUAUGGUUCAUAUUGUAAAGAAGGAACAUGGUUGCUUAUAUAUGAAAGGAUGCAUUUCCAAUGAAAA